UUUUAUGGCUGCGUACACAUAGCCAAUACGCAAUGUGUGAAGAAUUCCGACCAACCACCGUUAUCGCCAAUCUGUUGAUUCUGGUGUCACUAGCGUCAAGAAGCUGCGGCGAACUGUUCACAGCCUUCGGAGACGAAGAUGGGACGAUCGAUCCCUUUUUCACGGAAGCGACACCACCAGAAUUUACUGAAUAUGACAGCGAAGGUGUUACUCCGUGGUUAACCAGAGCCCCAUACGAAUACAUCACGUUGAUCCGGGUUCUCAAUUGUACCCAAUGUGAAUGUGGCCGCACGGAAAGCGUCGGCAAGAUAGUUGGCGGGAAGGUAACCGAAGAGAGCCACUAUCCCUGGAUGGCCGCGCUAUACUACAACAAUCGUUUCACCUGUGGUGGGAGCCUCGUUUCCGACCGUUACGUCCUAACGGCGGCCCAUUGCGUCUACCGUUUGAUGCCGGCGCGUUUUCGCGUCCAACUGCUCGUGCACAAUCGCAGCAAGCCGACCACAAAGUCAGUGGAACGCAGUGUCAAAGCUAUUAGGACAAUUUUUUACAACAGUGUAUUGAAUAACAACGAUAUUGCGUUACUGGAGCUGACGUUUCCGGUCAGCAUCAGCAGUGAGCGAUUAGUGCCAGUUUGUCUGCCCCAACCGAACGACAAUACUUACGAGGGUAAAACGGGCAUUGUGACCGGCUGGGGCCGAACUGCAGCGGGUGUGCUCUCGGACACUCUACAGGAACUGAGGGUUCCCAUUUUGUCCAACGCCAGGUGUCGAAGGCUGGGCUAUUGGUCCUUCCAGAUUACCAAUAAGAUGCUUUGUGCGGGAUAUGUGCAAGGAGGUAGAGAUUCCUGUCAGGGUGACAGCGGAGGACCACUUCAUGUGUACAACAAUCAAACCAAACGACACGAAAUCGUGGGGGUCGUUUCCUGGGGAAGGGGUUGCGCAGAGAGCAACUAUCCCGGGGUGUACGCACGAGUCAAUAAGUUCCAACGCUGGAUCAAGAACACCAUCCGGGAUUCCUGCACUUGCAAUUAACUACCAACCCACCAAUCUUAAGAUAAGUAACAUCAAUUUAUUUUCAAAUUUAUGUCGUGUUUUGUUUGUACAACACUUUCAAUAAUAAUAGUACACAAACUCUUAACAAUGUUGUUUCUGUCAAAUACUUGGAGUCUUCGAAAUACUUUUACAACUAUGGACGGAGUGUUGAAGGGUGAAAGCAUCUCACAUCUCUACUUAAUUUAAGGAAGCUAGAAGAGACGAGUGAGAAUCACAGAUACAAUGGUAACAAGUCCAACGGAGGCAAUCGCCGGGGCACUGCCCGGAAGGUUUCGGCACUGAACUGGUGAAGGGCUCAAAUUUUUGCACAAAGCUGCCCGGAAGUUCUCCAACGAUAACUUCUGGUUGUCACUGUCGAA